CAAUUUGUGAAAUUCACUAUCAAGUGUUAUCGGCCUUAACGUCAAAUUAAUGUGUUUUUAUAUCUAUAUUCGAGUUCAUUUAUAUAAGAUCUUAAGGACGCAUGAGAAAUUGUCGUGUCAACGUUGUUUGUAGUUUGUAUUUAUCAGGAGUUAUAUUAUUACCAAGGUGAAAAUCGAUGUGAAAUAGGUUCCAUUGAAACUUUCAUGUCAAUAUUGAAAAUAGAGGCUAAUUAAGAAAACAAGAUUAGUAUCGGAACAUACAUGGGUUAAACUAACCGUGUAUUAGUCAAGUUUUCCAAUAUUGAUAGUAAUUAAGAUCAUAAAUAUCAAUGAAAUGUGAACUUUUUCAAAAACUUGAAUCAGGAUGGUAAUGUGAAGAUGUAAGGAAUACCGACAGACAGACAACAUGUAAAAUAAGCACAUACAAUGCUGGGGAGAAGCAGUAAUCAAUGGCUGCCCACCUCAACCAAACCGAGCUGAGAUCGCAAGACUUCUGGUACAAGCUUAGCCCCGCCCGGGCAGGGUAAUCGCCAGCCUUGGACUGUCGGUUCUACCGUAAAAACGCCUGACCAGGUCUUCCGCAAGUCUCACUACGUCAGGAAAGGACAAUUGCUAAGCUCAGAUAGUCAGUACAACCGUUCCCUCGCCUACGCAGAACAACCGCCAAUUACCACGGCCGCCGCCAUGAAGAAUCCCCGGAAUCACGUGCCCAUGGGUCUCCUUGACAUCAUCAAAAAUGGUUACUUUCAGCAGGUGCGCUUCUUGGUCGAGUCAGGGACUGAUCUGGAUCAGAAAGACGAGGAAAGGCGUACGGCGCUCAUGUUGUGCGCGUUCAUUGAACCGGAGAAUUGGGGAGUGGGGCUGUGUCGGCUGCUGAUAGAGAACGGGGCGACGCUGUACUACCGGGACAAAUACGGACUGAAUGCAUUUCAUUUUGCUGUGAUAUAUGACCGGGUCGAGCUGGUCCGUGUGUACCUAAAAGCAAUAGACUUUAACUUAAAAGAAGCGGACAAGCUUGGCAACACGGCCCUUCAUUAUGCUGUGCGUGCCGGAAAUCCUGUAGUCACAAAGCUGAUUGCGCAGGCGUAUGUGAAAUACCGUAUUCCGUUCGAUAAGGCGAACAACGACGGCUUUACGGCGUUACAGGAGGCGCAUCGUCUAAACAAGCGUCGAUGUGCAAGGAUUCUGGAGAAUACAGAGGUUUUAGCGGAUAUGACGCAUAUUGAAGCCAACACUCCGCUAGACAUGAACGGCUUGGAACAAGCUGACGACAGGGCGUCUCAAAGGAGUCUCCAGAAGUCGCCUAGUCGUCCGCGAUUGUCUGUGGUGUCGCACCACAGCUCAAAAUCCAGCCUUUUAUCCAGCAGUGACAUUUCCAGCUUCCGUCGCUCCCCUACGAUUUACAGCAUUGUCACGCGGACCCGACGGACGCGCCGAGUGCGAGAGCCGCAAGAAAGCAUUAUGCCGAAUGAGAAGAAUAACAAACAGCUUAUACGGUGUGCAAGUACUAGUGACUUGCGUAACAAUCCAGAAUACUUGUUUCAAAUAUCGCCCAUAGACGCUACGUACCACAAUGACGUACAUACGGACACUACUAGUAAACGUUCGGGAAGGGCUAAAUCUGCAUUUGUAAGGCGUUCUGACGUGGAAAGUGGUUCAUUUCACCCUCGGAACAAUUGGCGCACAGAAUUAAGAACGCUCUACAUGAAGUAUGAGUUUCAGUGUACGCCUUCGUACCGGGACAGCGUCGUUUCUGAGGAUACGGAAAACGCGUCACUUCCGCCCUUAGAUAAACCGAUAACGCCGGCGACGUCAGAGCACGCGAUCAAUGAUGACGAAAAAGGACGUAAAUCUCGAGCCAAGAGCGCCGCUGCCUCGAAAGAAAAAACAGAUGAAAGUCUAAGUGCUGGCAAAACCCGCCAACAUGGCCAGCAGUCAAAAACAAACACACGUAAAAACUCACAGGUCACCGGCCACGGCGGAAAGAUGGGUUCCGUUGAUGGCUCGCUAGAAUCCAGCAGUGAGUCUAUAAAUAGCUCAGCAUCGUCAAAACGUCAGGCGGACGGAAAAAUAUCAAAAACGGGCAAAGAGGGCGGACGUCAAAGCCGAACGACGACCCAUAAAGGGGCGGCAACAAAUGUUGAUGACUCGUUACGUGUUAUAAAUGAGUGACAUUAUUUAGUUUUUUUCUACAGAUUUUUACGUUCAGACGUACAUGUUAUGACUGAAUGACGUCAAUUCGUUUACAUUUUGACGUCAAUUGUUAUUUGUUAUAAAUGAGUGACGUCAUGAUUAUUUUGACGUAAAUAGCCAUAGGUACGCUUUCGUUACAGAUUUAUGAAUACAAGCAUUUAGUAUACGUACGUUAGAAACUCAUGAACUGAUAAGAGUAGAAGUUGUACUUAUUUUUGGUCAUAUGUGCAGAGGCCCCGUAUCAUAUUUUUACAUAGUUUACUAAUCAGUUUUGUAGAAGGAACAUUUGAGUCAUUGUUAUUAUUUGGUAAAUGGUUUAUCUUAAUCGUGAAAGAUGAAUAACGUUCAUGGUUCUAAUAAA